AGCAAAAAAGAUAUAGCAUACAGCUACAGAGAUCAUAGCGAGGAAAAACAUCUUGUAUAGAACCAGUGCCAAAAACUGGAUGCCAAGAAAGUAAUGGGGUCUGAAAAAAAUAUAGGGAAGUAUCGGCUUGGAAGGACACUAGGAGAAGGUAAAUUCGCUAAGGUUAAGCUAGCUGUGAAUUGCAACAAUGGUCAGAAAGUUGCGAUCAAGGUCAUUGAUAAGCAUAUGGUCACGGAAAGCAAUCUUAAGCAUCAGGUCAAAAGAGAGAUUAGAACAAUGAAACUUCUGCAUCAUCCCAAUAUUGUCAGAAUUCACGAGGUUAUUGGCACAAAAACAAAGAUAUACAUUGUGAUGGAAUAUGUAUCAGGAGGACAACUAUUAGACAAGAUGUCCUAUGCUAAGAUGUUGAAUGAAUGUGAGGCCAGAAAACUAUUUCAGCAACUUAUUGAUGCCGUGGACUACUGCCAUAACAAAGGAGUUUAUCAUCGAGAUCUCAAGCCAGAAAACUUGCUUCUUGACAGCAAGGGAAAUCUUAAAGUGUCUGAUUUUGGAUUAAGUGCACUGCAAAAGCCUAAUGAUGUCUUAAACACGCGAUGUGGCUCCCCGUGUUAUGUGGCACCUGAGCUACUAUUGAGCAAAGGGUACGAUGGAGCAGCUGCUGAUGUUUGGUCAUGUGGGGUGAUCCUUUUUGAAUUACUUGCAGGCUAUCUACCAUUUGACGACCAAAACUUGAUGCGCUUAUAUAAGAAGAUAUGGAAAGCAGAAUACACGUGUCCAUCAUGGUUUACUCAAAUUCAAAAGAAACUAAUUGCCAGAAUACUUGAACCAAGUCCUCUAAAGCGAAUGACCAUACCAGAUAUUCUUGAAGAUGAGUGGUUUCAAACAGAUUAUAAGCCUGCUUGUGCAUGUGAAUUUGAUCAGAACAUCAACUUGGAUGAUUAUAAUGCUACUUUCGAUUCAAUCGAGGAGAAAAUCAGAGAGUCAACGAUAUCGAAGUCCUCAAGUUUCAUUAAUGCGUUUCAACUAAUAGCCAUGUCUCAGGACCUUGAUCUAUCUGGCCUUUUUGAAGAACAGGAUCACAAAAAGAAUACAACAAGGCUUGGAUCCAAGCACACAAUCAAUGAAACAAUAGAAAAAAUAAAAGCUGCUGCAACAGAUGUAAGACUGUCAGUAGAGAAAAUGAACAACUUUAAGAUAAAAAUGCACCCUAAACAGAUAAUGACUAGAUGUUCUAGAUCAUGCUUUGACCUAUCAGCCCAGGUGAUAGAAGUUGCUCCAACUCAUUGUGUUGUAGAAAUAUCAAAAUCUGUUGGAGAUCUAAGAAUGUACAACGAAUUUUGUGAAAGUCUAUCAAGUCUUCUGAAACAAAAAUCUGCUGUGCCAUCACAAAGCCAAGAUGCUGAGGAUCUAUGCGCCACUGGCAUAAAAAAGAAAGAUGGAUGUUAUGAUGAAGAGCCAAAUAGUGAAGAUAGUGAAGGUCUUCGUGGCUAUAAAUCUGCUUGAAGAUUGACUUAAUCCUUGUCUCCAUAUUCCAUUCACUAAUUAGCGGAGUUCACAGACAGGGUAAGGCAUAGAUGACUAAGAAUAAAACAAAGUCCAAGAAAAGUAUAUUUCCACAAAGCUAGUUUCUUGCUUGAAGUAUUUAUUCUUUUCUCCUUUUCAUCUAUCUUCUUGACCGAAGCAAUGCUAUUCUUCUUUAUUUUAAUUUUUUGAUUUUAUUUUCUGCCGUC